AUGGAAAAUGAUAAAAAAUUAUUUGGAGAGUAUUCAAAAAUGGAUAACAUUUUUGGGGAUGAUUUAAUUAAUUCAUUUUCAUUAAGCAGUGAAAGUAAUGAAACACAAUCUUUUUCAUUACCUGAAUUAGAUAUGUUAGAAGGAAUACUGGAAGAAGACCUGUUUCUUUCCCCUGAAAAUAGAUCAAGAAGAUUUAGCGACACUGAUUAUAUGUUAACCAAUCAAGUCUAUGAUGAUGAUGAUGAUGAAGAUAUAUUUAUAGAUUUUUAUGGAGGAAAUUUUGGUGAAACAUAUAUGUCAUUGGAAAAUGUUGUACCUUUUCCAGACAGGGGAUGA